AUGUCGAAGGUGGUGCACGAGGGAUGGAUGGUGAGGUACGGGAGGAGGAAGAUAGGAAAAUCAUUCCUUCAUAUGCGUUAUUUCGUUCUGGAGACUAGGUUGUUGGCCUACUUCAAGACGAAACCUCAGGGAAACGCGACUCCAAUCAAGACUCUUGAAAUUGAUGGUAAUUUUCGAGUGGAGGAUCGAGGCUUGAAGACUCAUCACGGACAGAUGGUUUACGUUCUAUCAGUCUAUAACAUGAAAGAGAAGCAUGAUCAAAUCACGAUGGCAGCUUUCAACAUUCAGGAAGCACUAAUUUGGAAAGAAAAAAUCGAAUCCGUGAUUGAUCAGCAUCAAGAGUCACAAAGUGGCACUCGUAACAAAUACAACGAUUUCAAAUCUGGGACGGAGAGUACUGGGAGGACUACUUCAGAUCAGGAAAGCCCAUUCAGUGCUGCUGAGGAUGAAGAAGAUUCUCAACAGAACAUGCUACAAGGAACAACAAUCGCAAAUGUUGUCCUUAUUUCUUCUUCAGCGGUAGGUCCUCCGGAGUCUGUGGUAGACUGGACAAAGGAAUCAGAGUCAGAUUUGGCAAACCCGAAGUAUAGGCGUUUACUUUACUGCCAAAAUGGGCUUCGCAUUUUUGAGGAGCUACUCAAUGUUGAUUUACUACCAAAGGGCUGUAGUAGAGCUAUGAAGGCGGUUGGCGUAGUGGAGGCUACUUGUGAAGAAAUAUUUGAGCUUGUAAUGAGCAUGGACGCAACACGUUUUGAGUGGGAUUGUAGCUUCCAGUAUGGUAGUUUGGUUGAGGAGGUAGAUGGACAUACAGCAAUACUCUAUCACAGACUUCAACUCGACUGGUUUCCGAGGUUUAUUUGGCCUCGUGAUCUUUGUUAUGUACGAUACUGGCGUAGAAAUGAUGAUGGGAGUUACGUUGUGUUAUUUCGUUCUAGGGAGCAUAAGAAUUGUAAUCCGCUACCUGGAUAUGUUCGAGCUCAUAUUGAGAGUGGUGGAUUCAAUAUUUCACCCCUCAAACCACGUAACGGGAGGCCAAGAACUCAAGUACAGCAACUUAUGCAGAUAGAUUUGAAAGGGUGGGGUGUGGGCUUCAUUGCGUCAUUUCAGCAGCAUUGUCUGUUUCAGAUGUUAAAUAGUGUUGCUGGACUUCGUGAAUACUUUUCUCAAACUGAUGAGAGGGCAGCUGCUCCGAGAAUUCCAGUUAUGGUUAAUAUGACUCCGCCAUCUAUCUCCUCCAAGAAGAGCCAAAAACAGUCUCAUCAUCGUACUCCGUCUUUAGAUCAAAUACGUGCUGCAAAUAGAAAUGCAGUAUCGAUGCUAGACGAGUACUCUGAUGAGGACGAAGAUUUUCAAGGCACUGAUCAAGAGGUAUCAUCACCCAGUCUUGAACACGAAACGAUUAAAACUGUCCUUGAAGAAGAACCUAUGGAGCAUAUUGAUAUGUCAACUUUUUCGGGUAAUCUACGACACGAUAACAGUGAUAAUGGCCGUGACUGCUGGACAAUAUCUGAUGGAAAUAACUUCAGAGUUCGUGGCAAGAACUUUUGCAGUGACAAAACAAAGGUUCCAGCUGGUAAAUCUCUCAUGGAUCUUGUCGCGGUCGACUGGUUCAAGGAUACUAAACGAAUGGACCAUGUCGCUAGACGCCCUGGUUGUGCAGCACAGGUUGCUUCAGAAAAAGGACUUUUUACUUUGGUUAUAAAUUUGCAAGUACCUGGAUCAACACACUACAGCAUGAUUUUCUAUUUCGUCAUGAAAAAGUUGAUACCUGGUUCUCUCUUGCAACGGUUUGUUGAUGGAGAUGACGAGUUCCGGAAUAGUAGAAUGAAGCUAAUCCCAUCAGUGCCAAAGGGUUCGUGGAUUGUGCGUCAGAGUGUUGGAAGUUCCCCGUGUUUACUGGGAAAGGCAGUCGAUUGCAACUAUAUCCGCGGUCCAAAGUAUUUAGAGAUUGAUGUUGAUGUUGGUUCUUCCACUGUUGCAAAUGGAGUUAUGGGACUUGUCAUCGGUGUAAUCACAACACUAGUCGUUGACAUGGCUUUCGUUGUACAGGGAAACACCCCUGAUGAGUUACCGGAGCCACUUAUAGGCGCUGCACGCGUUUGUCAUAUAGAACUGUCAUCUGCUGUUGUACCAAAGCUGGAACCCGAGGCAUCGCCAGAGUAGGUCAUAUCAUGAAUUGUCAAUUUUGCAGAUGGUGGUUUUUUGAAGAUAUGUAUAAUUAUACUUACAUCUAUUUUUACAUUCUUUAGUCUCUUUUUGAGUAUUUCUUAAGCUCUGAGAAAAGUUAAAAGGAGCCAAGU